UUUUUUUUCUUGGCUUGUGAUUGGUCGUUUUUUUUUUCCCCUCCCGCUCCCGGACACCAGAAACCGAGCCGCCUAACGGAAGCGACGACGGCUUCAUAUUUCCAUGAGAAAAUAGUGACGUUCGAGAGCGAGACGGUGAAAUUGUCUCAGCCCCCAGCCAAGAUGAUCCAUAGCCUGUUCCUGGUCAACUCUUCAGGAGACAUCUUUCUGGAAAAGCACUGGAAGAGUGUGGUCAGCCGCUCCGUGUGCGACUACUUCUUUGAAGCCCAGGAGCGUGCCACGGAGCCAGAGAAUGUCCCGCCUGUGAUCCCCACCCCGCAUCACUACCUCAUCAAUGUCCUCCGACACCGCAUCUACUUUGUGGCUGUUAUCCAGAGUGAGGUGCCGCCACUCUUUGUCAUUGAGUUUCUGCACAGAGUCGUCGACACAUUCCAGGACUAUUUCGGUGUCUGCACAGAGGCUGCCAUUAAAGACAAUGUGGUUGUGGUCUAUGAACUAUUGGAGGAGAUGCUGGACAAUGGCUUCCCCCUGGCCACCGAGUCCAACAUCCUCAAAGAGCUUAUCAAGCCCCCCACCAUCCUCCGUACAAUGGUCAACACCAUCACAGGCAGCACCAACGUGGGUGAACAGCUCCCGACUGGUCAGCUGUCAGUGGUACCAUGGAGACGCACGGGAGUCAAGUACACCAACAAUGAAGCCUACUUUGACGUGGUGGAGGAGAUUGAUGCCAUUAUUGAUAAAUCCGGCUCUACCAUAACCGCAGAAAUCCAGGGAGUAAUCGAUGCCUGUGUCAAACUGACCGGCAUGCCGGACCUCACACUGUCAUUUAUGAAUCCUCGGCUGCUGGAUGAUGUCAGCUUCCACCCGUGUGUCCGAUUCAAGCGCUGGGAGGCUGAGCGGAUCCUCUCCUUCAUCCCUCCCGAUGGAAACUUCCGGCUACUCUCCUAUCACGUCAGCUCUCAGAACCUGGUGGCCAUUCCAGUGUACGUCAAGCACAACAUUACAUUCCGAGAAGGCAGUUCCCAGGGCCGAUUUGACUUGACCCUGGGUCCAAAGCAGACCAUGGGCAAGGCUGUGGAGUCUGUGCUAGUCAGCAGUCAACUCCCUCGCGGUGUCCUCAAUGCCAGUCUAAACCCCUCCCAAGGAACAUACACCUUUGACCCGGUCACUAAGUUAUUGACUUGGGAUGUAGGGAAGAUCAACCCCCAGAAGCUUCCCAGUCUCAAAGGCACCAUGAGUCUGCAGGCAGGCGCCUCCAAACCUGACGAGAACCCCACCAUCAACAUCCAACUAAAGAUCCAGCAAAUGGCCAUCUCAGGGCUGAAGGUGAAUCGUCUGGACAUGUACGGUGAGAAAUACAAACCUUUCAAAGGCAUCAAGUACAUGACCAAGGCCGGCAAGUUCCAGGUCCGAACAUGAAAACAACGUCGGUUCUGCUUGAAACGGACCAAAACUUCCCCGAGACUGAAGACUAUGUGUGAUGUUUACACACCUUUCACAAUGUAUCCCUAUGACCAUGGUCUAUAGAAAUAGUCAUCAAACACUUGAAUCCACUGUCCAUCGACACUAGUACGGCUUAUGUAGUCCUUCAAAAACAAAUAUUAUUGAUCUAUUUAGGCUGAUCCAAGCUGUCUGAGAAAUGAUGACCGGUGCUUAAGCACAAUGUUUUCCCUUAGCUUGUUAGGAAGUGUCAAUAUUUUGUUGUUUUUUUUCCUAUUUAUUGUUUCUUUCUCUCUUAUUUGGUGCUGUUUUUUUUUAGUUGUUUUUAAUCUUAAAAUGAGAAUGUGACAGCCGCCUUCAGUCAUACACUGAGCUAAUAUUUCAAUGUUGUGCUGUCACUGCAAUGAUCCGUUAUUACUAUUCUAGACACAUGCAACAUCCACCUGUACAACUUCUGCAUACUUGUUGAUGGCUGCAGCUCUAAAUUCAACAACAAAUAAAAAAAUGUAUAUAUUUUUCCCCCACA